AUGAGUGCUCACCAGCUUGACCUAACUAGCCAGGCUCUUUUCUCCAUCCUCGUUCCUCCUUUCAAUCGAAUUCGUUGCCCACGACCGUUAGCCGACAAAUGUUUUCUCCUCAAUGAGCCAGAAUGCCAAAUAGCCGUCAUGUCUAAAAUAGUAUCGUUCCCAUACCACUUCGCGUAUGUUGGAAUAGCUCCACUUCUGUUAUCAGCACUGCUCUCAUUGCUGCCAUGGCCAUCACCACCACCAACAUCAUCUUCUCCGAACUCUGACUCUCAGCAGCGCGACCUAUCGUCCGACAGCUCAUUUCGUCUGAGUCCGAUUUGCGGGGAAUGGAAAUGGAUUGACAGGGAGUACCAAGAUAAGGGGAACCCUGUGACUAAAGGGGUGCUUCGACAGCUGCCAAUCGCACUAGCGUUCACUUGGAGUAUCGUCGGGCCGUUAGCCCGAGCUCCCUCUAGAGAGCUAGCAUCUGCCUCGCUAAGCUGCUCGAUAUCCAGACGAGUAAGGUUGAAUGAUUCAUAUCACAAUUCCUCUAUAAUCCUGUGGUUGGGUGCAUUACGAUAUUGGACACCCGACUGUACCAAAACGAGACUCCCUAAACCCAAUCAAAAUGCUUCUCCGCGUCCAGCUUUCUCUGUUUCCGCCUGGUUCAAGCACAUUAUACGAAAUACAAGCGCCACUAGAACAAAAUCCUAUCCAAUAACCGCAAGGCCAGAGGAUAUAUCAGUCCAGGAAAGAACCCUACUCGUUGUCGGAUGUAAACAUCAUACCCCUCCCCUUAGUAACCUCAUGGAAAUAGUUAAGGUAUCCAAAUGUUUCGUGAAAGAGUCCGAAGGGCAGCUAGAGAUCUUCUGCCUCGACGGUGUCUAUGGGAGAGCGGAUGAUGAGGUUCACCCUCUCACUUUCAAGGCGCCUCGAUACUUCAUAGGCAAGUCCAAACUACUGGAUAACGCGAAAUUUAUUGCUCAUGCUUGUGCCUUCAAUGAAUGUGCCUUAGGGUCUGAAAUGCUGGAAUGCCUUCGCGUGACGAUACCACCUUCUCAAGGCAAACUAGGAGAUAUGAUAGAGGCAUGCAGUUUACAUAGGAUGGUCACUUUCCUCAAGACGAUUUGCAUACGGUACGGAUCACCGAGCGACCGAGGAGUGGAAGAAAAAGAGAAGCAAGGUGGGCCUUGUAAACGUAGUGCGGGGUAUAGCGUUAGAGAUAAGGAGUUGAGGAGUGCGGUGAGGAUCAAACUGGCAGAUCCGCGAUCAUAUAUUGCUAUGAGCAGGUAG